CGGAAGGGAGAUAACUCCAAACGCAUAAAAGCGAAAACACGUGAAACUCGAACUAACUAACUGUAAAUUUGUUUUAAUACCCUAAUAACUUGGCGUCAGAGUAUCCAGCAGUUGUGCGAGUCAGGAUCGAAACAUGCCAGUAACGACAGGAGACUCACAGGCCACAGUGAUGUCGUUUUCUGAUUUUGUGGAGCUACACAAACCACAACUGUUGGCAUCAGCAGUUCCUGAGAGGUUCUGGAACACUUUGUUUGAAAAGCUCAAAGAUGAGGUGUAUGAUGCAGGGGACAACUUCCAGAUCAUAUGUGAGCAGUAUGUCAGUGAGGACAACGAUGAAGACGAUGGUGCUGACGACCAUGGAUGGAAGGUUAUCGUGUACACAGACGAUGGUAUCUCGCACACAGAUGAAAAAAACAUCUUCCUGAUUGACCAUGCCUGGACGUUCCGUGUGCGUGAUGCCCGCCAGUACCUGGAGGAGGUACCAGGGUUGUUGGAACGGAUGACGGCGCUGAUUGAGGUCUCCACAGCAGGGAAGUCAAGCGACGAGCAGAAUGAGGCUGUUCUCCGUAAAAUGUGGAAGUACACACAGACAUACAGCUUUGGGCAUUUAUCAGAGGGCUCGGAGGACUCCAUGCCCAUCUGGUAUGUGAUGGAUGAGUUCGGUUCCCGCAUCCAGCACUCAAACGAACCGUCAUUCAGAACAGUACCCUUCUACUUCCUGCCCCGACAGAUGGCGUUCAACAUCAUGUGGCCACUGAGGGACCUAGAUCAUGGAGAGGAGGUGACCAGAGACUAUCUCCCGAACGUCAGAGACGCACUGGUGCGACGAGCCCGACUCACUCCAUGGAUAGAUGAUGAUCUGACCGACGUGAGCUGCGAGCAGACAGAGCCAGACAUGUCCUACUUCCAGGCUUACAGGGAGAAUGAGAGUUUGCCGAACCUGGACGUGGAGUUCCCACCAGUGCCGACUGACCGGAGCCUCAAGGUGUACAUGGACUACGGCAAGAUGUUGAAGGACCAUCUCACUGACCCUCGCUUCCAGCUAGUGGAGGACAUCACACAAGCAGACGUCAUCUGGACACACAGACAUUACAAGGACUUCAAGGAACUGAGUGAAGAAUUUCCAGGAAAGUUUGUGAACCAGUUCCCAUUUGAGAUGACUGUGACAAUCAAAGACCUCCUGGCCAUUGUCUCUCGACGCGCAGCCAAGAAAGAUCAGUCCCAGAAUGCAUCGCAACCAAGUCCAAAAUGGCUGCCAGUCACCUACAACCUACAGACAGAACUGCCACAGUUUGUCUCUUACUUCCAGCAUAGGGAGGCUCAGGGUCUCGAUAACACCUACAUCUGUAAGCCGUGGAACCUGGCGCGAGGUCUCGAUAUGGACAUCACCGACAACCUGGACCACAUCGUCAAACUUCCAGACGGAGGACCCAAGGUGGUGUGUAAGUACAUCGAGGACCCGGUGUUGUUCCACCGGGAUGAUGUGGGGAUGGUCAAGUAUGACAUCCGGUACAUCGUACUGCUGUCCAGCGUCAAACCACUCAAACUGUUCGCCUACAAUGUUUUCUGGCUCAGAUUCGCCAACAAGCCCUACUCUCUCGACCACUUCGACGACUAUGACAAGCACUUCACAGUCAUGAACUACCGGGAAGAGUCCCCGCUCAAACAGAUUCACUACGAUGAGUACAUCAAGAUGUUUGAGAAGCAGUACCCUGACUUCAGCUGGGACGGACGUGGAGGUGAAGACAUCUUCACCAUGUUCCGGGAGUUGUUUGAGGCUGCCUCCUCCCUCCCCCACCCCAGGGCAUCAGCCCCUCCCCAGUCACGGGCCAUGUAUGCUAUUGACCUCAUGCUCAAGUGGGACAAGAAUGACAAAGGUGAGCGCUACAUGCAGCCCCAGAUCUGUGAGGUGAACUUCAGCCCCGACUGUGAUCGAGCCUGUCAGUACCACCCCUUCUUCAUCAACGAUGUCAUGAGCGUGCUCCUCCUAGACGACACAGUUGACAAACAUGUCACCCUCGUGUCAUGAUAACAGCCAUUGGUCUGUCUCAAUGUAAGACUUCAAGCUACAUUCUUCAUCUGAGAGGAAACUGUACUUAUUGUCAGAAGAUGAAGUUUUUUUCUUGAGGAGGUUAAAUAAGGUCAAAAGAUUUUUGUGUUUGACAGACACUCUUGGAAAGUCCAGGGUUUGUAUUCCAGGUCUGCCAAUCUUCCACAUGGUGACUGCCCUAAGUCGGGGAGUUACAACAAUAUUACAGCAAACAUCAGGACAGAGUCCCUUGUUCACAGCCGUGUUCAUCCUGUCUCCUGGAGGACAGGAACGAGUAACUGGUAUCAAAUGUACUUGAGAGGAGAUUCCAAGUGCAUGAUUGGCUACUCUGUGGUGAUGACCUGAGGUCAGAUUAUGAGGACUAUUUUCAUGAUUGUUGUUCAUUGAUACAUUUCUCUUAAUCAGUCAGAUUCAUCUAAGGUGACAGAAGUUAAAGUUUAAAGAGUUCAGUUUCUGGAUAUCAUCUAGUUUGCAUAAUCAUCAUAAAGUUGCAUUAGAACACAUUCCGGAGAUCUGUCAAGUGCUUUAGUCUCAGAAUGUGAACAGUGUUGUGAGUUACCAAUAUUGGGUAAUGGACGCCAGAAUUGGUCUUCACACCAUGUACAUAUGUAGGGACGCAAGCCCAUGCCUAUAUUUUGAUGAGUGAAUGCUCUAACCUCCAGGUUACCAAAUCAUCCCUCAAAAGGUAUCUGAUUUGGCAGAAUAAGAGAUUAUUUCUACAUAUUUUUUAUGUAUCAAAAUUCUGUUCUAUCCAGUCUGUGUUUAGACGAUAUUCCUGUGACGUAUAUCUGUAGUGCAGUACCACUGUAUAUCUACCACUCUUCAUCGCCUAUAUGUCAUCAUACUAUUGUAGGAGUUCAAGGGCUUGUGGGUGAAUAAUAAAUACUGCAUAGCACUUAA